CUUGUUUAGUAGCCAGACGACUAUAGUUUCUCAGUAAUAACAUUAGCAUUGCGAUCUAGCUUGCAAAAAUGUCAGGGCAAGGACUAGCCUUUCCACAACUUCCGAUCGAUUACAAUGCCGCUUAUGAGAUGGGUGACGAUGCUGUUGGUGAUGACACAACCAAAGGGCCGUGGACACCAGAAGAGGACAACAUCUUACGGGGCCUAGUAAUACAUCAUGGUCCCAAAAACUGGACGAAAAUUGCGGAGUGCAUCCCGGGCAGGACUGGGAAAAGUUGCAGGUUGAGGUGGCUCAACCAGCUGAGUCCAGAUGUCAAGAGCGGUCCAUUUACCUUUGACGAGGAUGCCGUCAUCCUGUGGGCCCACCUCCAGUACGGCAAUAAGUGGGCCCUCAUCGCCAAACACCUUCCCGGCCGCACUGAUAACCACAUCAAGAACCGCUGGAAUUGCACUCUCAAGAAGCGCUACAGCCGCAUGCUGGAUCAACUGCGAACCGACCCAACCGCCGCGGUUCUAACUGUCGCUGACGUGGCUGGCAUGAUGGGACAGCGUAAUCCGGGCGAGGGCCGCGGCGGCCCUGGCGGAGGACCCUCCCUGGCAGGCUGGCCGCUGGGGCCCGGCCCCGGCCCCAUGGGGUUAGGCCUGGGCCAAGGUCCCGGGGCCGGCCCACUGGGACCGACUGCGCAGCUGCUGGCAGGUGGCGGCGCGGGUCCACAGGGCCCGUUUGGCGCAGGACAACCUCUCGGCGCUGGACCCAUGGGCCAGCUGCCACUGGGCCUUCGCGACAUAGGCGGAGGGCUUGGGGCAGGCGGUCUCGGACCAGGAGGAAUGGGAGCGGCCGGACUUGGAGGCUUGGGCUUAAGCUUGGGGUUCGGACUGGGUGGGCCGGCUGGAGGCCCAGGGGUUGGAGGCCUGCCUCAGGGGCUCCAGCAGCCGCUGAUGAUGCUGAUGCAGCCGCCGGCGGGGCCCAGCCCUCGCAGCCGAGCCCUCGCAGCCGCAGGCUUGGGGCCUGGGGGCGCGCCAGCAGGUGCUGCCUCUGACCAGGAGCGGCUCGCGCGUCUGGGUCCUGGCCUCGGUGGAGGCGCUUUUGCGCUGUACAACGGACCCGGCGGUGAUGGUGGCGGCGGACGCGGUAACAACGAGGACACGCGCCAGGAGGGGCCCCGGGGCACGAAGCGGACCUGGGAGGCGUCUGGCAACAGCUCCGAGGAUCCUGGGCCGGACGAGGGUGAGGACACGGCUGCCAUGGCGCUCGAGCAACUGGCGCACCAGCGGAGCCGCGGCUCGCCUCGCUACGGUGGCAGCCGCGGCGGCGGCGGCAGGCGGAGUGGCGACACCGGCGGCGAUUACGGCCGCGACGGCAGCGAUAGCGGCAGGAACGGGUCUGAUGCCGCUGCCGGCGGCGCGGCGAAUGGCCAAGGCAAGGGGGCAAGGUCUGGAGGGAGAGAAGCGGGGGAGGAUGAAGCAGUGGGCCGCGGACGCCAGGAGCGGCGCGCCUCUGCGCCGUCGCGGGCGGGCGACGGGCCUGACGGGGGGCGGCGCCAGAGCAAUGAUAGCAGCGGAAGCGACGCUAGCGAUGAUGGUCGCAGAGGUGACGGGCGACGGCAGCCCGCCGGGGUUUCGGGACUGCCGAACGGCCUAGCUGCCCAGAUUCAAGCCGCCCUCGCCUCCUGGCCACAACAGCCCAACGGACGCAACGAGACGGGCCCUAACCUUCAAGGCCUCCUGGGCGGGACGCCGCUUCCCGCAGCUGCAGCAGCUGCUUUAAACACCGAGCUGCCGCCAGCAAAGCUGCCGCCGCUGACCUCGCACCAACUCCAACAGCCGCAGCAGAGCGUAAGUGGGUCUCGAGGGCCUGCUGCUGGCAGCGCUGGAUCGGACAUGGCAGGCGACGCUGGUUCGGAGCCGGCUGGCGCUGCAGCGCCGCCGCCGGGCGGGUCUGGUCUGGGGCCAGGGAACGCGGGCGGCUUGGCCGCGGGAGGUGGCGGUGGCGGUGGCGGAGCGUACGGGGCGCUGCUUGUGAGCUUGCCUGAGGCGCUGAUGCAGCUGAGUAGCACGCUGCGUGUGGUGCUGAGUGCGCAGAACCUGGCGGCGGCGCAGGCGCUAGUCAGCAAGCUGGAGGAGCUGGCGUACACGUUGCUGAUGCAACGUGCGGCGUACAACUUUGCGAACGCCAGCGAGGUCGACGGCGCGAAGGAGCAACGUCAGGAGCGCCCGCCACCUCCCCAGCUGCCGCAGCAGCAGCAGGAACAACAGCAGCAGCAGCAACCGGCUGCCGCAGCAGGCCCGGGAGGCCUCGUGGGUGGUCUUAUGGGCGGCGGCGGAGGGGUAGAUCCGCAGGCGCUAGCGCAGCUGCUGCUGCUUGGAGGGAUAUCGUAACAUGUCGUACUUCACCAGACGGGUUUGGAUUCAUCGUAUCUGGCAGCGCUUUUCGCAUCCGGUAGGAUUCCUCUGAACGAGGAAACGCUGGGUGUGUGCAUCACAUUAUCACUGCUACUGGUGAUGCGGGUUGUGGUCUUUGCAUUGCUGGUAAUACGGCGGACUGUACUUGUAGGUCCCGGUUUACACUGGGGCUGGGAGUUCUAUUAAGCUGGCGCACUGAACAGUGCUGUCUCAAUUCCUAAUGGAUGGGUUACGGCGCUUGCGAAGGGCGGGGAGUCGCCCGGGAAAUGCGGGCUGGGCAUGGUGUACAUAGUCCUGGCGUUUUCGUUCUCCAGGUUGCAUGCGGCAGCUGCAACGAGCAAGCCAAUAUUAGCUUCGUGGCGGUAACAUGCACCGUUUUCUUUAUGAGGAGUCUGCUUUGGCGAUGGUGUAGAGACUUCCAGUGUUGCGUGCCGCAGGCAAGGGCUGCAAUGUAUGGCUCUUUACAGCCGUGUCAGUGCGUAACUGCAGCGGCGGUUUGCGCGUUACUUGGUAUGCAACGCCUUACAUUGCGGUGGAAGCGGUGGAUGUGUGUAUUCGAGACUGCCUUGCCCUGUUCAUUUCGACGGGAGCAGGUUUGAGGCUCUGGUCCUGUCCCCUGGGUAAAACCUUGGUUACAGUAAUGGAUCCUUUGGUUCUAGUCCCUUGCAUAAUGCAUAUCGGUUGCGUACUGGGCAAGAUUGUACCGGGCAUGGAACGCCAAAUUUAGCAGGUUUUACCCGUAGCAGGUGGUGUGCACGAACUUGAGUGUCGGUCCCAUAUCCCCAAGCAAACUAUAGCUACUUUGGCUGGCGACUACAGUGUUGAAGGGGUGUGCGAAGUGGUUUCUAUGUAGACAUUUAAUACAAUGUUACAGUCCC